AAACAUCAAAAGAAAAUAAUCACAACUCAACGUCAGUGUAACGCGAAUAUGUAAUGUUAAUAUGAAAAAAAAUAAAACAGCUGUGUAAAUAAAUUAACACAUACAUUUUUGGUGUUACGGUUUCGGUCGAAACCUAAGCCCAUAGACAAGACAUAGGCAAGAAAGUCACUUGAAAACAACAGAUUAUUUUCUUUAAAGUUUUAACGGUUCAAAAAUACAAGUAAGUAAUACUAUCGGACUUAAGUAUAUUUUAAGUACACUUUCAAUCAAAUAACACCACAGAGUGAUCCAUCUGAUUAUUACUUACAGAUAAAAAUGCAAAUUUUCUGUUUAUUACUGUCAUUUCUUUUUGUAAACGUUUCCACCGAUAAACUAACGGAAUAUAUCAACGAGGUUUCCAUUACAAAUGCACACAUCAAUUUCGCACAUAAUAUGAAUAAUUUUAUUUUAGAAAACACACGCAUACCGAAUGGAUUAGAGUAUGUAAUUGAAAGAAUUGUUCAAGGAAAUAGAUACAACAUAGAAAUUAUGAACAAUAUGAUCACCGUACCGGAUUAUGCAUUCCUCAGGGACAUACAGAAGUCCAUACACCGACAGAGAGACAUGCGAAUAGAAAUAGGCUAUGAACUAAAAAUUAACAUUCCCAGCGUUGACCAAAAUUCUGGAGACUUGAAUUUGAGACAACUCGGAGAAGCGAGAAGACUUGUCGCUGAAAUUGCUUUGAAAAAUAUCAUAAACCGAGCACACGACUUUAAACACAAUAUCGCCAAUCUCGUCGAACAGAGAAGACUUUGGGGUACCCCGAGGACAUUUCAAAAGACAAUCGCCACAGCAAUAGAUGAAAAACAAAAAGACUCCAGUCUGGGCAGGAUGUGUAACUAUAUUGGGUUGUGGACGAGCACAAGAACGCCAUCGCCUUACAUAAUAGACAUCCGCAUAAGGCUAAGUCCCGAUUGUGUUUGUACCUUGUGGGAUCAAAGUUAUGAAGCCAAAGUAUACAGACCCUUCGGUGGAGUAUAUUGGCAAGUAGACGCCGAUGUAACUGACCGGCAAAUAAUGAAACUUCAGGCACAGCUGUUACUGUGAUACCCAAUUUGGAUAAACAAUCAAAAUUAUAACGCUUACAGUGUAGUAUACAAAUUCGUCAGCUUAACGUGUCGUCAACGUAUUUCAUAUAAUAAACUAUUAUGCUUACUA